GAGACCCCACGUCCUGCCAGGGGCAGGUUUGGGGCAUCCUCCCUGCUCCCGGCAGCGGCGGGCGCGGGCCCCAAGCGCUCAGCUCCCUGCAGGGCGGAGGGCGGCGCGAGGGAGGGAGAGAGGGAAGGGAAAGGCGAGCGUGAGCUGCCUCGAAUGCUUGGAAUAAUUCCGCUUCCGUUUGGAAAGCCGCAGCCUCAGUCCCGCCGCGCCCGCCGCGUCCGCCCAGCGCCAGCUCCGCGUCCCGACCGGCCCGCGGCUGCCCGCUCUGCCGCCAUGGCCACCUCGCCGCAGAAGUCGCCGUCUGUCCCCAAGUCCCCCACUCCCAAGUCGCCCCCGUCCCGGAAGAAAGAUGACUCCUUCUUGGGGAAACUCGGAGGGACUCUGGCCCGGAGGAAGAAAGCCAAGGAGGUGUCCGAGCUUCAGGAGGAAGGCAUGAACGCCAUCAACCUGCCCCUCAGCCCCAUCCCCUUCGAGCUGGACCCUGAGGACACGAUGCUGGAGGAGAAUGAAGUGCGAACGAUGGUGGAUCCCAACUCACGCAGCGACCCCAAACUUCAGGAAUUGAUGAAGGUAUUAAUUGACUGGAUUAACGAUGUUUUGGUCGGAGAAAGAAUCAUUGUGAAAGACCUCGCUGAAGAUUUAUAUGAUGGCCAAGUCCUACAGAAACUUUUUGGAGGUAAACCCAGAAUCCCCCAUUACAUGCAGUUGUCACAUCUCCUGUCGUUCAUGACCUUGGCACUUUUGAGGAGGACUGAGAAACUCGAGAGUGAGAAGCUGAACGUCGCUGAGGUCACCCAGUCAGAGAUUGCCCAGAAGCAAAAGCUGCAGACUGUCCUGGAGAAGAUCAACGAAACCCUGAAACUUCCUCCUCGGAGCAUCAAGUGGAAUGUAGACACGGUUCAUGCCAAGAGCCUGGUAGCCAUCUUGCAUCUGCUAGUUGCUCUGUCCCAGUAUUUCCGGGCACCAAUCCGACUCCCAGACCAUGUUUCCAUCCAAGUGGUUGUGGUCCAGAAACGAGAAGGAAUCCUCCAGUCUCGGCAAAUCCAAGAGGAAAUAACUGGUAACACAGAGGCUCUUUCUGGAAGGCAUGAACGUGAUGCCUUUGACACCUUGUUCGACCACGCACCAGACAAGCUCAACGUGGUGAAAAAGACACUCAUCACUUUCGUGAACAAACACCUGAAUAAACUGAACCUGGAGGUCACAGAACUGGAAACCCAGUUUGCAGAUGGGGUGUACCUGGUGCUGCUCAUGGGGCUCCUGGAGGGCUACUUCGUGCCCCUCCACAGCUUCUUCCUGACCCCGGACAGCUUUGAACAGAAGGUCUUGAACGUCUCCUUUGCCUUUGAGCUCAUGCAAGACGGAGGAUUGGAAAAGCCAAAACCACGGCCAGAAGACAUUGUCAACUGUGACCUGAAAUCUACGCUGCGAGUGCUGUACAACCUCUUCACCAAGUACCGGAAUGUGGAGUGAGCGUCAGACUGGACCGUCCCCAGAGCCGCCUUAUCCUGCUUAUUCCUGUCUCCUGCUCUGCGCUCUCCUCCAAGUCCGGCUGCUCUUUUCCCAGAGUUAGUGGGAACUGAGAUCAGGAAGGAAAUGACCAGUGACUCAGUGGGCUGAUCUGACCUCCUAGGCUCUGAGGCUGACCCCACAAUGGCUUGUGAAGGUUGUCCCAACCUGGUUCCAGGUCCAGAUUUCCUUCUGUGUAAUCUGGAACCGGCUUAGGCACAAGAGCCCACCCACCCACUCACCCACCCUCAGAAAAUGAAAACAGAGAUAAGAAUUACCAUUUAAUGGGUGUAACCUAUGGGCUGGGCACCACACUAAGUGCUCUGACCUACUCCAACUCGUGAAUACUCACGACUCCCACUGAAGAUGAUGUUAUCAGCCCCUUUUACAGAUAAGGAAACAGGCUCAGAGAGGUUGCCUGACUUCCCAGAAGCUGCCAUUUGUUUUGCUUCUUUGAAGAACAUAUUGGUUAAUAACUAGCCCAUUAUGUUACAUUUUCUGUACAUUCUGUACUUGCGUUUGCAUGUGUGUAUAUGCGUGCAUGUGCACCUGCGCCCUUCAAGAAGAAGGACCCCCUGAUCUCAGCACCAGGCAGGCUAAGUCAGGACUCAGUGGUUCACACUGAAAUUGGCAAAUCAAAUUUAGCCCAAUUAAUAGUGUGUGUGUGGCAGGAGCCGUAUCCCUCAACUCCUUUGUACAAAUGAAAAUUACUCUUAAUUCCUUCAGAUUUGUAAUAACCCCUUGUUCUGGUUUCAGGGUGACAUUUGGAAAGGAUUCUGUUUAAAAUUAAUGGAGUGGCACAUUUUGCAGCCUUUUUGCCUGAUUGCAUGUAAUGGAAGUGCCCUAUAUUUUCCUACAAAAUAAGUCCUCGAUUCAUUAUCGUUAGGCAAAUGUACAAUAUACCCAGGCACCGCAGAGAGCUGGGCACAGGCCCAUGCGAGCAGGGCUUGGGAAGCAGGGCUCUUCAACAGGGACUCUUGAGCUUUAAAGAAAGGAACUCCUUUUUGCCCUCUAAUUGAUCAUUUAGACCAUUUCUGGCGAAGUCUACCCACAUGCAAUUACUGGCUAAUUCAGGCAAGCAAAAAUGUAAGUUAUUUAGACCCAAUCUGAGUAGGUUUCCUUGCAUGGGUUACCCGCGGGCUUGUGGUUACAUGGAUCCCCUCUACAUGAACCCAAGUUUGGAAUACAGGGCUCAAGUUGUCCCAGCCUUCAGGGCCUGGGAUAGGAAAGGGGCUGAAGGGGGUUGACUAGGAGGACAAGAAGCGUGGGGCAAAUACUUGCACACUUAGCAUACAGGGGACAUCUUCAGACCGUGGGAUGUUGGCUUGUGGUAUUUAACAUUUGUACUCUAAGUUGACCAAAGCCUUGGGAUAGGUAAUAACUUGUACUGAUGUAUCUUCAUUGUAGAAUUUUCCAAAGUAUGCUAAGUGGACACCAGCCUGUAUUCCCACCUCUGGAUGUCUGUGCCUACUUUAGUACUACUUUAGGCCCAGUAGCACAAAGCCCUUCUCUGAUUUGAGGAAUUCGUCAUGACCUCUAUCUACACCACCCAGAGGGAGGCCUUCCAUCGUGUCCAAACAUUCCUUCCUGCUUUUCAUCAAUUCUUACUCUACAGUCUCACUGCAGUCACUCAAAACCCAUAUAAUUUCAAUAUACUACUUAUUUCUGGAGAGAUUUCACUCUAAGAAAGAAGUAUUACUCAGCAUUUUAAGAUACAGAGAAAUAUGCACUCUCUUGUGUCAAUCUGUGUAAAAGAAUACAAUCCUUUUUUACAUAAUUAGUGAAAUAUUUGUCAUUAGGAAACACUAAAUACAGUAUUAUUUCUGUUGCUCGUUUUUAAAUUCCUGAUAGCAAAUCAGCAUAAAUAAUUGCUUUGUCUCCUUGAGCAAUACUAAAGCAGAUGAAAUAAGAGAAAUGAACUCAUUUAAAUGUGCUUUGCUAUAUGAA